ACAGUUAGCUGGAUUCGUAAGCUUGACGCGUGGUGGUGCUUUUUACGAAUCUUAUAAGUGCAUUCUUGUGAAAUAUACAGAGCACAAUAACAAAAUCACAAAGAUAUAUUCAGCAUGGACGAUCGCGGAGUGUUGAGCCUGGUGAAGAAGGUGGUCCACUCGCUGUUGGUCUCCUCACCAGGAAAAAUGACCAUUGAGAAGCUGAUGCGGGAUUACAGAAGCGAAGAGGGCUGCAAUUUGCCCUACAGCAAACUGGGAUUCAAGGACGCCGAAUCAUUCCUCCGAUCCAUUCCGGAUACGGUUACUGUGAUGGGCCACGGACCAAUGGCAUUGAUAACUGCAGUACCCACUGCCAAAUCGGCGCACAUUCAGAAACUAGUCAAUAGCCAAAAGAAGUCCAGGAGUCGAGGCUCUCACAAGCCCAAGUAUUCCUACGCCUCCGAGCGAUCCGAUCUAGUCUUCAUUAACGAAAGUGUCCGUAAAAUGAAUAACAGAAACAUGCCGCCGCCGGCGCCUCGAACUUAUCAGAGCCCCAGCAAUCUGAAUCUUCCUGUUUCGUAUCCCAACUAUAAUCGACUGUUAUAUCCCGUCCACACGCCUGUUGUUUACGCCAAUAUUAACGAAAUGAUCUGCGCCGGACAGCAGCAGGUGCUAUAUAAUCAUCUGCAGUACAACCUUUACAUUCAGUCGAUGACUAAUUCGUAUGCCUUUCCGCAGAAUACCUCUAGACCCCAAAGGCCUAGCUCUUCGUAUAAAUCCAACUCUGAGCCGCUGAAAGUUAAUAAUUGGUCGCAGAACAGCCUGAAGCCCCUAAAAGAGCAAAUCCAUCAGUCACAAUAUGUUCCAAAGCAUGUCUCCUCUACUGAGAAUAAGCAAGUAAAGCCAACUCAGGAAUUAGAGAAAGAAACCCAGACAUUGGCCCAAGCGUUUCAAAACCUAUCCGUGGACGUUGCUUCCACUGGUCACCAAGAAAAGCCAGAGUACGAAGUAUAUGAGACUGAUGAGGAAUUCGUAAGGGACCCCUUCGCCUCUGCAGAGAUAAAUGAUCCAAAGGAGGAUGAUGAACCGGUAGUGCCCACAAUUCAAAAGAAUGCGGUGAAGCCUCUGGAACCCCAGAAGUAUGUCUUUGACUACGCGUCUUCUGACGAUGGGGAAGAUGAAAAUGCCAUUCCAUCUUAUGCUGUGGACGAUCGAGUUCUAGGCGUUGACUAUCCCAUGGAUGCGGUUCGUUCUGAAUUCACACUGCCUGUUCGCGAUAUUGAGUCCAUUAUCGAGUUACAGCAACGCAUUGAGGUGCAGUUGGUGAGUUUGGUCAAUCCCCACAACUUCAACUUCUGGAUAUAUAACGACGAGUUUAAUAAAUACAAGGAACUGUAUGCCAAUAUGCAGUUGUCCUAUGAAAGUCUUGACACGGAUAAAUACACAAUGCCACUGUGUUUGAUAAAUACGGAUCAUCUUUGUGUGGUUCGCCCCGGCUGCACGAGUAUUUGGGAAAGAGCCAAAGUGGUAGGGUACCGGCCCAGUAACAACGGAAUGUCGAUCAAGGUAGAGCUGGUUGACAAAGGGGACAUAGUUUGCGUGAGCCACCAGAAUGUCAAGUUUCUGCUAAAGCAGUUUGCCUCGCUGCCACCGCAAUGUUUCGCUGGUCGAUUGGCCUUUAUAACGCAAUGGAAGGCUCCAAAUUGGUCCGCCGAAGCUGUUAACUUCUUCUACAAGAUGGUAUCCUUCCGCAGACUUUACGCAAAGGUGGAAGCUAUUAAGAACAACACUGCCUAUCUUGUGCUAGUGGAUCCGGAAACACAAACACACUCUGUGAACUUAAAUAAGUCGCUCAUAGACUCCGGUUGGGUGCGUCGCUGCAUAAGUGCAUAAAAUGCUAUCAUAUUGAUACUUCAUUUAUUACCACUUAUACGAAUUUAAUGUCAAAUCUUUGUCGUGUCGACAUGGAAUGUCGAAUGGAUUUUUUAUGUUUUCCAGUAGGACUUUAAUGAAACUCGUUGACGUAUUAUUUUAAGGCAAACGCUGUCCUUCUGCUUUCUUUUUAUUAGUUUACGUGUAAUAAAAUACUAGGUUACAUAAAUCCUUCAACAA